GGUCAAGACUUGAGGAGCUUGACCCGCUCACGAAAGAGGACUUCGCUUGGAUGCCUCUUCCCUCAACCGGAACCUUGCCAAGGCCGGAUUGCAACGCCUUAAUGGCAAAUCUACGCUCCUAUUUGCACACUACAGUACCAGCUCCGUUGACGGACUACGGGGUAGCGGUUGUCGAUCUCCGCUCCUAUCUUGUGAAGAUUGACCGCGAGUACGCCACCCAAAGGUACGCCGAAACCGACGCACCUUUGCUCUAUAUCCGCAUUCAAAUCGGAAAGGUAACCUGUAGUGCCUUGAUUGAUUGCGGAGCGUCUCGCAACUUUAUGAGCCAAGCCUUUAUGGCCCGCGCAGGUCUUGGCCCGCGCGUUCGAAGAAAGACGCAACCUACGCAAGUUAUACUCGCGGACGGCCGCACGCAAAAGUCAAUUGACCGAUGCGUCGACGACAUUCCCGUAUACUUUGCGCCACUUGCGUGCGAGCCGGUGUCUUUUGACAUCCUCGACACCAAGUUYGACAUGAUUCUAGGCAUGUCUUGGUUGCGUAGCGCCGAUCAUCCGGUGAACUUCCAYGACCGRACCGUUCACAYYCGUGAUCGGAACGGAGUGUUAGUCCCAUGUACGGUCGCGACCCCUCACACUUCGAUUGCUUGUCACGUGGUUUCCGUUGCGAGAAUUCGCGACGCCAUUGCUCGGAAUGACGUCGAGGAGAUGGGCCUUGUAUUCUUGCAUGCUCUCCCCUCGCCGGACGGACCAGCUGCGUCACCGCCUGACUUACGCAUUCCUCACCUCUUGGACGAGUAUAGAGACGUCUUCGAGGCUCCCACCGGAACGGUUUUGGAUUGGCCCAUAAGUCACGGGAUCACUCUCGAGGCUGGCGCCGUCCCUCCGCGUGGAUGUAUCUACCGCAUGAGCGAAGAGGAACUCGAGGUGCUUCGCGCACAACUCGAUGACCUUCUCGACAAGGGUUGGAUUCGCCCUAGUUGUUCGCCUUACGAUCGGUACAAAACCGCGUUCAAGACGCAGUACGGGCAUUUUGAGUGGGUUGUCAUGCCAUUUGGCCUCACCAAUGCCCCCACGACUUUCCAAGCAGCUACGACGACUGAGUUUCGCGACUUGCUCGAUCGCAGCGUCCUCAUCUACCUCGACGACAUCUUGGUUUAUAGUAGGACGUUGGACGAGCACAUCGUACACCUUCGCAUUGUUUUGGAUCGUUUGCGACUGGCCAAGUACAAAGCGAAUCUCGACAAGUGCGAGUUCGCCAAGCAGGAGCUUGAGUACUUGGGUCACUAUGUUACGCCGAAAGGCAUUCGUCCCUUAGCGGACAAGAUCCAAGCCAUCGUGGAUUGGCCGGAACCCCGUUGCACGACGGAUGUACGCUCUUUCAUGGGUUUGGCUGGAUAUUAUCACAGAUUCGUCGAGUCAUACUCGAGAGUGGCCUCGAGAAAUCAGUCCUCGAAGGUGCCCUUCGAGUUCGACGACGCAGCCCGUAACGCGUUCACUACGUUGAAGGCAGCGAUGCAAGCCGCACCUGCCCUCCGUAUAUACGACCCCACCCUUCCCACCCAAGUGACUACGGACGCUUCGGGAUACGACAUUGGUGCGGUGUUGGAACAGUGUCACGAGGACGGUUGGCAUCCGGUCGAGUACUUCUCCCAAAAGGUGUCUCUCGUCAACACUCUCGACGACGCUAGGAAGAAAGAGCUACUCGCGUUCGUUACCGUUCUCAAACGGUGGCGCCACUUUCUUCUCGGUCGUCGGCGUUUUAAAUGGAAUACGGACAACAAUCCGUUGACCUUUUAUAAAACGCAGGAUACGGUCGAUGGAUGUAUUACAUCGACCAGUUCGACUUUGACCCGUGCCACAUUCCCGGUCCCGCCAAUCGGGCUGCAAACGCCCUCUCACGACGGCCCGAUUUUUGUGCCAUUGUGACUACGACAUUCGACCUCGAUGACGAUCUGCGGCCGCAUUUCGUUAAAGGCUACAAGUCCAAUCCGACUUACUCUCCGCUUUACGCGCCGCUUUACGCGG